AUGUCGUCCUCAAGCCACCAGGCGAUGCCCCGUCAUCGCAAUGCCUCCGCGAACUCCGCCGGGAGGUCUUCGAGGAAGGGGAAGAUGACCCCCGAGCCGAGAGAAUACAAACAGUCGACUACUCUCAACAGAUACUUCGAGCCCACAGCCGCAACCGCUUCGAUGCUUUUAUAUGCACAGGGCAACUCGGUAGUCGUGGCACAUCAUGAUAGCUUAACGAUCGAGAGGCGGUUCUCACGCCAUUCAGCAGAAGUAUUAUUGUUGGCGGUUGAUAUACAAAGCGACAUCGGGGCGGGUCGAUUAGUCGUUAGCUACGAUGUGGACAUGACGGCAAUUGUCUGGGACUUAAUGACCGGUGACGAGGUUGCUCGAUUCGCUUCAUAUGAACCUCUUACAUGUGCUGCUUGGAUGCGAAACGGCAAUGUUGCUUUUGGCAACACUCAAGGAAACGUCAUUCUCUUUGAGCCAACUACUUCUGAACAUAUUUCUGCACGAACCAUUGACCAAAUACCUGUGACAGCUAUAGCCCCAGCGGCGGACUGUAGAACAUUCGCAAUUGGAUAUCAAAAUGGCUCCCUCUUGAUCGCCACGCUUCAGCCGAGAUUUACAAUUUUGCAUAAUUUAAGCACGUCAAGGGCGCCCUCACCGAUUGUGAACCUUGCAUGGCAUGCGUCAUCUUCACGACAAAAGUCCGACAUGUUGGCUGUGCAGACCAAUGAUGGCGACCUUCGGGUCUGGAGCGUGGCCAAGUCAUUCAACAGCGAUGACCCUGCAAAGGUGGUCAGAAUUUUAAGGCGAACGGAGAACUACCUUAAUGGGCCCAACUGGAUGGGCUGGUCCAAGAAUGGCCGCAUCAUUCAGUAUUCCGAAGGCGAGACUUUGUCGUGGGAUGUUAGGACCAAGCAUGUCACUAACGAUAGCAUUCCGACCUUGGAACAUGUUCGUGGUCUGGCUGUGUAUGGGCCUGCUGCAACGCUAUUCACCCUCGGUGCCAACAACACUGUCCAACAGUUCGACCUGAACACGCCAUCUACUAUGGCUGCUAACGUCCAGCACCCUGCAAACCUCUUGCCACCAUCUCCGCCUGUUUCCAUAGAGGAACAACCUGAGCAGGGGGUUGUCAUCAUCGGCACUUCCGAGUCUGAUUCAUCAAUGCCUGCUAAUAUUGAAAUCUCAGAAAGCGACGAUGAACGUUUAUCACCGUUCGCCAGGAUGGUUCGCAGACCGGAUCCCGAUACGGUUGAACAAGAUAGGUACAUGACAACGAGUCCGGUUUCUUCGAGAAGCCACUCGACUAUCUCCGGAUCCUCGGCUACCUCUGGCCGGAAAGUUCGAUAUCCGCCUUCGGUCAUGUCACGUGGGAUGACUGAAAAUACUUACAUCUCUGCCGGGUCUUCUCUUAGGUCUGCAGCUAUCCAACCAUAUGGCGGUGAGAAGGACGCCUACUCGGUUAGCAGUAUCAGCUCCGCCUCAUUGGCCUCGGGUGCGCGCUCUCAUCGCCGUCCUUCGCGACUAAGGAACGAAGUUCCACGUAGCCCCGAGGAGUCCAAGGUUAAUGACUUGUUCAAGUUUACGAGGACCCGUCUUCACGACAUACCUUACAAGCACAUGCCUUUGGCUGAUCAAACCCGCCUUACUAAUGACGAUCUACGCCGGCAAAUGCUGAGCAUCAUAUUCGGGUGGAAUGGCGAGAUUGAAGACCUCAUUCGAGAUGAAAUGUCCCGACAUCCAUUGGGUUCACCAAGUCGCAUUCUUCUCGCAAAGUGGCUUGGAGAUAUUAACUCGGAUGUAAUGACAGCAACGUCGGAAAACAUGACCUCGUCAGACUGGAUGUUGCUAGCUCUGAGCGGAAUUGGUGGUCAAGCCUCCCAGCACAAACUUGGGCGUGCGUACGUACAGCGCCUGCUGGAGAACGGUGAUGUGCAUGCUGCGGCGACAAUUAUGAUUGGAAUGGGCGACCAGAAUGAUGCCAUUGAGAUCUAUGUCUCGCACAAAAAAUACAUGGAGGCCCUCAUCCUCCUUUGUCUCUUCUACCCCGCGGUCUGGGAGCGACAGGUGCAGGUGAUCAAGAAAUGGGGCGAGUUCGCUGUCCAGCAUGGUCAACAGCAACUAGCAAUACGAUGCUUCGCCUGCACUGGUGUAGAAUCCACUGAACCUUGGACGUCGCCGUCGGCGGCACAGCUAACAUUCCAAAACUUGGACAACCCAAGUAUCCCUGAGAUUCUGAGUCCACCCUUGUCCCCUCCGGGUAUCCGGGGACCCCAACGUAGUGUUGCAAAAUCCUCUGCACUCAAGCUUAUUACUUCGUUCAAUGAACAGGGCAAGAAGUCGAAGUUCUUUGCGGGCAAUGAUGGAGGUCGAACUCCAAUUGCUGCAGGUGUUACGCCGAUAGCUGAUUCCGCCAUUUCCCCUGGUGGACAAGAUCCUACUACAGCUUUCCUGCGUCCCUCGCAGCGAAGUGCCUUGAACACUCCCGCAACCGCACUUACGCCUGGUGGAUUCGCACAGCGCUUGCCAGCGAUUGGGGAGAUUACCGGUGAUGCUGUUUCUCGUCUGAAAGGGGUUGACCUACCAACGCCUCCGACCGAAAAUGUCCCUGACAUGGACCAGGACCAACGCUCCCAGCACUCGCGCAAGAUUUCUGCCGAUGAGCAAUCUAAUGCUGGAUCCCACCUUAGUGUUUCCACGGCAAAUUCCAUGAGGGCGAGAGAUAAUCACCUUCGUCGCAGGGACCCACCUCCGCCGUCGCCAUCACCACAGUCACUCCAAGCACUAAUGCAACAGAGAAGCCAGAGUCGAAACGGUGCUCGAGAGCGUAAGCCGGAGGGUAUGGAGUUGAGACUUCAUUCUAUUGAACCUAAUAUGAGUGAUAUAGCAUCUCCGGAACAAUCGGUAGCAUCGUCUACCCGAUUCCAUUGGCCGAGCCGUCGCCGUGGGCCAGGGUCGAUUGCUAGCUCUGUCACGUCAGCCUCCACCGCGGGACGAGGCUUCCGGACGGGCACCCCAGUUCACGGAGGCCGUAGCCUGCAUGAGCAUAUUCAUAGCUUGGAUACCGCGUCAUCAUAUUCCAGUAGGAAGCAGCGAAGCCGUGAAACUAGCCGACAACGCCAGGAUGAUAGACAUGGUCGAAGCCGUGAAAGAAGCCGUAGUCGCAAGGGUACCCCCCGAGAGUUCUCAGAGGACAGGGGUAGGGGGGCUGCUCGAAACUGGCAGACCCAGCCUGCCAAACGUUCACCCACCUCUCCCGUGCCAAUGUCCCCUGAAGAUCUUAUCAAUCUAAGCACCCCAAAGCAGUCUGAAUCGAUGGAUAGUGAGGGAGCAGCAUCGGGUGAGUUCGAGUCCGGGGAGCCAGCCACUGUUCGAAAGUCCAGCCAAGUUCGACGGACUUCGCCACCCAGGAGCACCCGCGCGGCUAGCCGUGCUUCGAGCCGUACUGGACGCCAGAGAAGUGUGGAACGGCGACCGCCAGCACUAGAUCUCCGGGGAAGAAGUAGUAGCCGCGGUGGUGGUUCUGUGAUGAGAUCGCCCUCAUCACCGUUGCCCAUGUCAGCUCCUAUGAACUUUUAUCCAUCGGAUGACGAAGAAGAUUAUCAAGCUGCACUCGCAGCAAAGGAACUCUUUAGGAGCCGACACAACCGCAGUGGCAGCCAGAAGGAUCCCUCAUCCCCAGCUGUCUCCCGAGCCAGGGAUCGAUCCGAAAGUCGUCGCAGGAGAAAUAAAACGCCUGGAGAGCAAGAACCGCCGGCGGUAUUAGUUCAGUCAACGCCAAAGUUGCAGCUGCAAGUGCCAUCAAGUGCGUCGCGGGCCGGAGACCUCAAGCUUAUCUCUGCCGAAAGGCAGGCGAAGAAGGAGGCCGCAGCUCGCGAAUUAGAGGAGCGCCGCAAGUCGCUAGCACGUCGUCCUUCAGCACCUGCAAUUCCCCAUCCGGAUGAACUAUCUCCUAUCGUCGGUCGCUCACCGAGCGCCUUUGAGUUGCCUCAAACAACCUUCCUUCCUUCAAGGGAUCUUCCCGCCAGAAGCCACACUGCCGACCCUCACAGGUCUUCUCACUCGCGUAGCCAAACCGCGCCCAUGAUUGGCCUGCCAGCGACGCCCAAGGCGAUGCGUCUCCAAUUUGACGGGAGCAAGCCCAGCGUGCCACCUAUUCCCAACGCUUACAAGACAUCGCCUCCGAGCUCUGCACAGUCGUCACCUAAGCGACCCAGCAGCACCUCACCUACCAAGUCACCUACUAAAUCCGAGCCUAAGUCGCCGGAGCAAGAGGGAUCGCUAUUAACGCUUCUUCCUUCGACCGUCUACUCUCCUCCUGCUCGGCCUAACAUACCGAGAUGUAUGUCUGCUCCCAUUCCAGAGGAGCCCCAUCCUUCUAAGUCUCGCUCACAACAACAAGGAAUGCAAGCAGGUUACCAGCCGCCCCGAAGAGGGUCUAUCUCGACAAGGAAGAUGAGCGUGGAUGCCAAUGCAGGCUUGCCUGGUAUCCAGGAGACGAUGGGGCCCGCCAUGCAUUCGAGGAGGGCUUCUCGAGACGACCAAAUCCCCCCUCCUCCUCCGCCCCCACCGGUCUUGAAAGAACUCCAGCACUUGGCUAUUCCUCCGCCCCCGCCUCCAGCUCCUAUUCCUGGCUUGAGACCUACGGUGUACACCAACGUUCAGCAAGCGGGGUCCGGCACCAUCGAAAUCGUCAUGGAUGAAGAUGACCAGAAUGCCGCUGCUCCAGCUCCGGUGUUGGCCCCGGUAUCGGUCCCUGAGCCCACUCCCGAACUCAUCCGGGUUACGUCUCCGGUGUCACCUCCAUCGUCCCGGAAUGGCCACAACCGCGGUAGAAGCUUCACGGACAACAGCCUCGCUGGGCGAAUCAGCCGCGCAACCGAAAGGAUGCGAUCUGCCAGCCGUGGCCGAACCAACUCCAUCCUGGGCAACCGAACCAAGUCGCCGGACACCACCAACGUUCCCUACGAGAGCGUGAUGCCCCCCAUGGCCAUGGGCGGCAACGGCUACGUGUCUCCCGUCAGCCAGCAGCCACGAGACAACGUCGAGCGUCACCCACGCGAGGUUCGAGCUGCGUACAGGGAGCGAGAGCGCGAGUUUGGUAGCGGGCUCCACGCAAGCGAGAUGAUCUAACACCAUCUAUCUCAUAAAACAUUUCUAUCUUUCUUACCCACCCACCAUGCAUGCAUUCUCGAAUGUCGACUAUAUACAAAACGAAAAACGUAUAUCCUUGUAUUCUUCUUUGCAUUCCAGCAUCGGCUUUUGCAUGGCGCCGGCGUUUUUUUUAAAAAAUUUAAAUCAUCCAUCUAUCUAUCUUUUACUCUUCCACAUUUUUGAUACCACAUUUUCUAUCUUAACUUUUCAAACUCCCGCCAUUAUUUUAUGUAUGCAACAAUCUACCUACCUAGUAUUAUUAUUAUUUUUCGAAGUGAGAGGGAAAAGGGGGAAGGAAGGAAGGAAGGAAAAGGAAGGGGUUUUUCUACCUACCUACCUACCUAAUGGGAAGAUCUUAACGGGGCAACGAAGAAUUUGACAACAAUGAUACCUCAAAGCGACCACUUACUUACUUACCUACUUUCUAUCUUCUUCUACUACUUCUACCUUUACUUCUACUUCUGAUAUCAUGCAUCAUCAUAUUGUAACUUCUACUUCUCUCUUCUAUACCGACAUGCUUCAAACCCGAGGCGUGUAUUUUUGUGUUGUCCGUUGUUGUUGUUGUUUUGGCCAUG